UAAAAAUACCAGCACUAAAGCUUGAUUGGGAAGUGAGGGCACAAAUUUGAAACCUCACAAGCGCUACGAAUUUAUCGUUCUUGACGAAUUUUGAUCAUAGAGGUUGGCAUCUCCACCCCAUAGGAGUUGCAGCCCUAUUCUCCUCCCUCCUCCGUCAGCUCGCCAUUUUUUUAUGUAUAAUUAAAGUUGUAUUGAUAUUUUUUCGUAUCGCUACUUGUUCAUGCGCAUAUAUCAGAUGUAUGAUUAAAAUAACGAGGAACAAAACAAUGUACUAACAAAAAGUAGUUGAGAAUCGCCGAAGAAAUUUGGAUUUCUUCUGGUUUAUUUCUUUGUGCUUUACGAUCUAUUGUUUCUGGGUAUUUUGAGAACCCAGUUUUAGGGAAAUUUCGAGGAGCUAGAGAUAUUAAGAGAUCAAUGGCUCAAAAUGGUCAGGGCAUAGACCCUGCCGUACUGGAUGAUAUAAUCAAUCGGCUAUUGGAGUUCCGGCAAGCAAGGACCUUGCGGCAGGUUCAGCUUUCGGAGGCGGAGAUACGUCAACUUUGUGCCGCUUCUCGGGAAAUUUUUCUUCAACAGCCUAAUCUUCUAGAGCUUGAAGCUCCCAUUAAGAUCUGCGGGGACAUUCAUGGACAAUAUGGUGAUCUAUUAAGGUUGUUUGAAUACGGUGGGUUCCCUCCAGAUGCAAAUUAUUUGUUCCUAGGGGACUAUGUGGAUCGUGGGAAGCAGAGUUUGGAGACUAUAUGCCUUUUGCUUGCUUACAAAAUCAAAUAUCCCGAGAACUUUUUCCUUUUGAGAGGAAACCAUGAAUGCGCUUCCAUCAACAGGAUCUACGGAUUCUACGAUGAAUGUAAACGCCGAUUCAACGUUAGACUUUGGAAAACUUUUACUGAUUGUUUCAAUUGUCUUCCUGUGGCUGCUCUUAUAGAUGACAAAAUACUAUGCAUGCAUGGGGGUCUUUCUCCUGAUCUAACAAACCUAGAUCAGAUAAGGAACUUACCUCGUCCCACUGAUGUUCCAGACGCUGGUUUGCUUUGUGAUUUACUUUGGUCAGAUCCUAAUAGAGAACUUAAAGGUUGGGGAAUGAACGAUAGGGGAGUCUCCUAUACUUUUGGUGCCGAUAAAGUGGCAGAGUUUUUAUUGCAGCAUGAUAUGGAUCUUGUUUGUCGUGCCCAUCAGGUUGUAGAAGAUGGGUAUGAAUUCUUUGCUGAUAGAAAGCUUGUUACCAUAUUCUCUGCCCCAAAUUAUUGUGGUGAAUUUGAUAAUGCUGGUGCGAUGAUGAGUGUUGACGAGAGCUUAAUGUGUUCUUUCCAAAUCUUGAAGCCAGCUGAUAGAAAACCUAGAUUUUUAUGACCUGGUGACUUGAGUAUAUCGGUGUUGCUGACCCAUGAGACUUUUAAGGAUGAUGGAGAAAGAGUGUUGAUUGCAUUUGCUGCUGUUCUAGUUUUAAGGUAAGGAUUGUUUCAGAAAACAAAAUGCUGCUACUUGUUCUGUUUUUUUUCUCCUUAAAUAUAUUUAUGAGACGCUAUUCGUAUUGAUCGAGUCUUGUUUUCUAAUCCCUAGCGAUUUAUGAUGACAUUGUAAAUACAUUUGGCUUCGUAAAUCGCUGUAUUAGAUUCUUGUUACCUGCC